CAACACACACACGCACGCACUUACUCACACACAUACUCACACAGACACACAUGCGCACCAAAGGCUGGCCUGAGGACAGCACGCGUUUGAGAGACAACCUCCUGACACACACACACGAGAGUGCAUUCUGUGGACUCAAUAUACCAACACAGAGGCGAGCCGAUCUGCUGGAAACCACAGAGAAUUGAAAGACUGGAGCACACCCCCCCCUCUCUCUCUUUCUCACUCACUCUCGCUCUCUGUGUCCUCCUCUCUGUGAGCAUUACAGCAAGGCAUUGCGCAGGAUUUAACAACCCUCCCCAACAUCUCCCUCUUCUUUAUUUUAAUCUUUUUUUUUUUUUUCCUUCCUCCAAUCCAUCUCUCCUUCUGUGGCAGCCGUUGCUCUUGGCAGUGGAAGGAUAUAUUCAUUUCCAUAUUGGAGCGUUACGAGAGCUGCUAUUUGCUCAUUUCUCCCACAACCAUGUGUGUGUGCGUGUGUGAGAGAGAGUGUGUGUGAGCUUUGGGGGGGGGGCGGACGCCGAGAAGGACGGCAUCUAAAGACGUCUCGUCACUGGCCCCAUAUUGCUGCCUGUGGAGGCUGGCAUCAGGGCCAGCUGAUGCCACAGCAGAUCUGAGGCAGCUGCAGUUGUAGAAGCGCAGACAUGCAACUCAGCACUGCACCUACAGUGGGUCGCAGGAGGAGAGGAAAUCCGGACAGCCAAGGUCUAAUAGGUGUGCUGAGUGUGUGUGCUACAUUACUGCAGUUAUGCGCUGGCUGUCCUUCAGAGUGUGUGUGUAACUCCCUGGAAGCUAACUGCAGUGGGCGGAGUCUAGUAUCUGUGCCCGCACUCACUUUUCUCCCGGAGGGCACACAUACCCUCCUUCUGGCCAUUAACGGCCUCUCCUCCCUUCCCGUCUCUGCCUUCGCCAACCUAAGCACCCUGGAGACACUCGACCUGUCCAAUAACUAUCUGGACAACCUGCCUUCCAGACUGUUCCAUGAGCUGAGUAACCUGAGCGAUUUGAGUUUGCGUAACAACAGCCUGACGGUUUUGGAUCGCGAGUUAUUUCGUGGUCUGACCCAUCUGCGGAGACUGGAUCUGUCUCUGAACGGCUUGGCUGCUGUGCCUCUGGGCCUGCUGGAUGAGCUGCAAGGGCUGACCUGGCUCUCCUUGGCUGGGAACAGACUUCACGCCCUGGAGAGAGCCACAUUUGAGCCUCUCACCAACCUUCAGCACCUGGAGCUGGGCAUGAACCCCUGGGAGUGUGACUGCAACCUGAGAGACUUCAAACACUGGAUGGAGUGGCUGAUAUAUCGAGGCGGUAAUGUCGAUGCCGUUGAGUGUACACUUCCAAAGGACUUAAGGGGUCGUGACAUCAGGGGUGUUCCUGUGGAGAUGUUCAACUACUGUCUGCAAUUGGAGGAUGAGAAUGGGGGCGGGGCUGGGAGCACAAAGGGUGGAUCUCCACCAUGUUUUCGAGGGACAGCCACUCCGUGGUCUGAAGGUGCAGUGGUGCGUACGGAGGCGGAGCUACCAGACUGUGUAAAGCAGCGUUAUCGACCAGUCAGUGUUCGCAGGGCGAUCGGUACAGUAGUGAUCGCUGGUGUGGUCUGUGGAAUCGUGUGUAUUAUGAUGGUAGCUGCCGCAGCGUAUGGCUGCAUUUAUGCGUCUCUAAUGGCAAAAUACCAGCGAGAGCUAAAGAAGAGGCAGCCAUUGAUGGGUGACGCAGAGGCAGAAGCCGACGCGGAGGAGAAACAGAUCUCAUCAGUUGCAUAGGGGAAUGGGGGAGAGGGGUCAGAGGUCAGAGGUCAGCCACAAAUAUAAAGAACACUUUACUGGUUGAGCUGCACAUUUGAUGAUCAUUUAGCUGACCAGCGGAAGAUUUAUCAUCCCUGUUUUCUGUCUCUCUGUCCUUCCUGAGACCCUCUCUGACUCUCAGACUUACACUUUACUCAAACUCUAAACUUUGGCCUGUGACCUUUGACCUAUUUGCCCCAGGACAAGAGGGACCACUCAGCACUUUAGAACUCCCCCACCCUCCUCCAAUGUUGAGAGGAUCUCAGCAGAGGAUGUGUGGAUGCAGCUGUUCACAGUUCUGAACCCUGAUGUUUCUAGAGGAUCAUGUGCUGUCAUUAGCAUUAGCCUCUGUAGCAGCCUAACCAUCAACCCAAACCUCCAAAUCAUAACUAAUCCCAACCCCAAUCCUAGACCUUUAACUCUAAUCCCAACCUCUCAAACCUAAUCCAAGCCCCCAACUCUAACCCUAACCCUUUAUACUAACCCCAACCAUAACCAUCACCUCUAACACUGUCUACACCGGGUCGCACAUGCAAGUGGCACAUCACAUCAAAAGCCAGUAACACUCAUUAUAAUCAAUACGGUCUACAAUGGAUGCCCCAAUUUCUGACAUACUACAUGGGCUUUUUCUACUUCGACAAAAGGACAAAUUGAUUUGGAAUGUUGACUUUAAGUGUUGACUCGUGUAAACAGCCUCAAUCUUGUCAACCGAUGUGCUUGGUGUAGACAUGGUGUAAUCCUAAACUUCCAACUAUACUACCAAGCCUAACCUAAAACUUCCAGUUCUACUCCCAAACCUUAAUCCUAAACAUACAACACAAAUUCCUACCCUUACCAAAAACCUCCGUCCUUAAUCUAAGUCCCCAACCCCAAACCUCCAAUUUUUGAAAUAUUCCCACCUUAUUUAUCAGCUAUAAUAUAUUCUAUACAAUGUGAUGUGACCCCAGUUUUAUGUGUUAAGUGUGAGGUUUGUCCUUUGUAUUGUGUGAAAAUAAUUUGUGUUGAUAACAUUGUUUUGUUUGUUUACUAUUUGCUGUUUCUCCAUGUUCAUCUCUAGAGGUCAGAUGUGUUUUUGUAAGACUAGAAGAAUCCAGCCCUGGUGUCUGUCGUGAAGUGUCUUGAAGUAUCGUGAAGUGCUAAUGUAGAGCAGGCUGAAGACUCUGUUGAUGUUAGUGGAGGGGCUAUUGGGGGAAGUCAUGGCCUAAUGGUUAGAGAGUCGGACUCGUAACCUAAAGGUUGC